CAUCUUCAUAGCUGCUAAAAUUAUUGUGAGCUCAACAUUGUCUUAACACUAGCUCCACAUGUCAUCAGUAUGGUAGCACCAUUAUUUUAUUCAUUCCUUGUCUUGGGAUUACUAUUUCUGUCUAUUCCGGCAGUGACCCCAAAAGGGGUGAUAAAAGUUCAGUUACGGACGUUUAAGAAUCCCGGAGGUAAGGGCAACAAUGGACAUUGCUGUGACGGACGAUGGAUAUUCUGUGGAUCUGCAUGUGACCAUAGAUUUGAGAUUUGUUUGGACAAGGUCAAUGGAGACCAUAGAAUAACAUCAUGUCAAUACGGUAAAAUAACCACCAAAGAUGUUCCUGACAGAAAUUAUAUUUACUUUGGUUCUUCUAUUGGUGGUGUCCGGAAUCCUAUGGUAUUUACCCUAAACAGUAUCCCAUCAAGUAUUAGAGUAAAAAUUGGUGUCUGGGAUGUUGAUGAUAGUAGUUCUCACGAUUAUGUUGGCUAUCUUUAUAAAAAUAUCAACCUAACACCUGGUAAAUCAGAAUAUAUCAUGCUCAGCAAUAGAAUCGUAUUAACAGGGAAUGUAUGGUCAGCAUGUUUACCAGAUUACUAUGGGUCAGAUUGUAGCGUUUACUGUAAAGCUUCCUCCAAUAUGUGGGGAUUUUAUACUUGUGAUAAAACUACUGGAGCCAAGAAAUGUCUUGCAGGCUUUGUUGAAAUAUUAAAACCUUUUUACCUCGAGGAAAAGAUUCAAAAUGGUUGUGAACUACGCUUGUUUGUGUUAUUUCCAGGUUAUACUGGUAGGAACUGUGCUGUAAGAACCAAUGAAUGUCAAUCAAACCCAUGUCGUAAUGGUGGUACUUGUUUAGAUGGACAUCUGAAUUAUUCUUGUAAAUGUCUAAAAGGUUUUACAGGUGCUCAAUGUGAAGUCAACAUUGACGAAUGUGCAAGUAGUCCCUGUUUACACGGUGGACUGUGUGUAGAUAGUGUAGCUAAUUAUACAUGUCAAUGUACUAAAGGAUGGACUGGAACAAAUUGUCAACUGGAUAUCAAUGAAUGCUCAUCAUCACCAUGUCAGAAUAAUGGUGUCUGCAGAAAUGAAGUAGCCGAGUAUCGUUGUGAAUGUCAAGAGGGCUUUACUGGUGGGCAGUGUGAGACCAACAUUAAUGAGUGUGAAAAUUCACCUUGUCGACAUAGCGGUACCUGUAUCGAUCUUAUAAAUGGAUACACGUGUAUCUGCUCUCAAGGCAUGAAGGGAGAUAACUGUGAAAUUAAUAUCGAUGAUUGUGAAGUGAAUCCGUGUCACAACAGAGCAAUAUGUUUGGAUCUGAUAGCAGAUUAUUUCUGUGCUUGUCCUACUGGAUUCACAGGAAAGGAAUGCCAGACAAAUAUUAAUGACUGUGAAUAUUACUCUCAGCCAUGUCAAAAUGGCGGAAGUUGUAUUGAUGGAAUUGAUGACUACGCAUGUCAGUGUCUGCCAGGAUAUGAGGGAUAUAACUGUGCAAUUGAUGUUGAUGAAUGUCUGUCGUCACCGUGUAAGAAUAAUGGUAGCUGUCUAGAUGGUAUUAAUGAAUAUUCCUGUACAUGUUCACUCGGUUAUACUGGAAGAGAUUGUGAAGUAGAUAUAGACGACUGUAAAGAUAACAGCUGCGUAAACAAUGGUACAUGUGUUGACGCACCUGCAUCCUUCAGUUGCCUUUGUGAUACUGGUUUUACUGGAGAAUAUUGUGAGAUGGACUAUUGUGAAUAUGCAGACUGUGGAAAUGGGACUUGUGUACGGCAGGUUGAUGGGUACAAUUGUAGCUGUGAUCCUGGUAUAACUGGGGUAUCUUGUGAAACAGAUCUUUGUGCUGAUUCGCCUUGUGGGAAUGGAACUUGCGUAAGAAGUCUUAACGGUUACAAUUGUAGCUGUGAUCUUGGGUUCUCUGGAACAGCCUGCGAAAUAGAUCAUUGUGAAGGAGCAACUUGUGGUAACGGAACGUGUGUCAGACAGUCUGAUGGAUACAAUUGUAGCUGUGGUCUUGGGUUCUCUGGAACAGCCUGCGAAAUAGAUCAUUGUGAAGGAGCAACUUGUGGUAACGGAACGUGUGUCAGACAGUCUGAUGGAUACAAUUGUAGCUGCGAGCUUGGGUUCUCUGGAACGGCCUGUGAAAUAGAUCAUUGUGAAGGAGCAACUUGUGGUAACGGAACGUGUGUCAGACAGUCUGAUGAAUACAAUUGUAGCUGCGAUCUUGGGUUCUCUGGAACAGCAUGUGAAAUAGAUCAUUGUGAAGUAGCCACUUGUGGCAACGGAAUGUGCAUCAGACAGUCGGAUGGAUACAAUUGCAGCUGCGACUAUGGAUUCGUUGGAAUUUCCUGUGAGACAGAUCUUUGCUUAGAUUCGCCUUGUGGUAACGGGACAUGUGUACCGUUGUCUAAUGACUACACUUGCAGUUGUGAUGUUGGUUUCACUGGUCAGAGAUGCGAUAUCAAUAUUGAUGAUUGUGAGGCGAACUUGUGUCAGAACUCUGCAAGUUGUACAGAUGGAGUGGAUUCCUUUAUCUGUGAAUGUUUGGUUGGGUUUACAGGUCAGUACUGUGAGAGUGAGAUAGAUCAUUGUCAGUUUAAUAAUUGUGCUGAUGGCUCGUCUUGUGUCAACUCUCAAGAAUCUUAUAGUUGUAUUUGUGCUGAGGGAACGACAGGAAAGUCAUGUGAACAGAACAUCGACUCUUGUGAUCCAGAUCCCUGUACCAAUAAUUCAACUUGCGUGGACCAAUUGACUGGUUUCGUGUGUCUCUGUCAGUCCUACUCUACAGGACUGUUAUGUGACACUUUAAUCUCCCCAUGUGAAGAUUCGCCAUGUAUAAAUAACGGUACUUGUGUUGAGGAAGACGUUUCAAACUUUACGUGCAGCUGCACAGACGAGUGGACAGGCCCAACUUGUAAUGAAAGAAUAAUCGAAGUUGCAUUCACAACUGAUACAUCUGGCCUUGAAACAAGUUCACCAGUUCCAUCAACGACAUCCCCCACGAACGCCCCAUUCUCAACAGGAUCUGAUGAUUUACCAGACGCAACAGGACGGCAAUUAAUUAAACCCAUGGCAUCCUAUCUCAACUGGUUUGACCGUGGUGAAUUUGUAUUUUCAAAAAAGGCAAAAUUGGCAAAUUUCAACAUUUGUCUGUGGUACCAAAAUCCAUUUUCACAUUCACAAUGGGGUCUUCCUCCUUAUGAGUGGGGACUGGUUAGCGUCGGUGGGCUGGUUGUCGUUUCUGUUGUUGGUCAGGUCGGUGGUUACCUCUGGAUUGGUAGGCUGUGUUGUAGGUCAGGGUGCUCAAUAGCGGUUUUUACUAUUGAGUUAAUACACCAUGGUUGGAUACCAUUCCUGUUUAGUGUUUCGAGUAUAGUAGCUCGUCUUCAGCUACGGACAACAUGGUUAGAUAUGGUGUGCAACCUAGGUUUUUGGAGGUGUAUACAAAUAGAGCUUCAUUAUAUAAGAAUAAAGUGCUUAUGGUGUGGCAUGGAAGCUCCUCGUAUUAGAAAGGGUGAAUCGUCUGAUAAUUUACCUACCCACUACAGCACUGCCACAAUAGGAGUGUUCUGGGGUCAUGGCCUAUAUGACCCGACAGAUCCUCCUAUUCACAGAUGA